UAUAAGCUCCCAUUCCAUUUUCCUAAUCUCUAAAAACUCACUCGAAAUGCACACAAUUAGGCUUUAAAAUUUUUUCCAAAUCUUAAGUUCCAAAAUGCUGGCUCUGGCCAGGAACUCGUUGUGUGGCCAAAUGCUGAGUCGUCUGGCAAACAUCGAUGCCCGAAGCCAAAGGCCGUACUCGAAGACAUCCUCCGGUGGCAAUGGGUCCGAGGGAAAGGGAAAGUACAGGAUCGUGAUGGUGCGGCACGGGGAGUCGGAGUGGAACCAGAAGAACCUAUUCUGCGGCUGGUUCGACGCCAAGCUCUCCGAGAAGGGCCAGCAGGAAGCCUGUGCCGCCGGAAGUGCCCUGAAAACUGCCAACCUGGAGUUCGAUGUGGCCCACACCUCGUUGCUGUCCAGAGCCCAAGACACCCUCACGGCGGUCCUGAAGUCCAGCGAGCACCGGAAGAUCCCCAUCUGCUCCUCCUGGCGACUCAAUGAGCGCCACUACGGUGGACUAACGGGACUUAACAAGGCCGAGACCGCCAAGAAGUUCGGCGAGGAUAUGGUCCAAAUUUGGCGACGCAGCUUCGACACUCCGCCUCCGCCCAUGGAAAAGGAUCACGAGUACUACGCCUGCAUCGUCGAGGAUCCUCGCUACAAGGACCAACUCAAGCCAGAGGAGUUCCCCAAAUCGGAGUCACUCAAACUGACCAUUGAGCGCACUUUGCCAUAUUGGAAUGAGGUGAUUGUGCCACAAAUCAAGGAGGGAAUGCGUGUCCUUGUCUCCGCCCACGGCAACAGUCUGAGGGGCGUGGUCAAGCACCUGGAAUGCAUGUCCGAAGAGGACAUCAUGGGUCUCAACCUGCCCACUGGCAUUCCCUUCGUCUACGAUCUGGAUGAGAACCUCAAGCCUCUGGGCACCCUGCAGUUCCUCGGGGAUCCCGAGACGGUCAAGAAGGCAAUGGAAUCGGUGGCCAACCAGGGGAAGGCAAAGUGAUCUCGGCUCGAUCCGUGAUUUUCGGGCAUAGAAGGUCAAAGCAAUCAGCUCAAUGCACUUGCAUGCCAAACAAAAAACCAACAGAUCGAAAGUGGCUGCGAUGGAAACUUGGGCAAGGCGAAUGUCAAGCAGCAAAUAAAUUUAUUUGAUUUUAA